AUGAACGUCCUUGAUCCUGCUUGCGAUCUGGAUUUCAGCAAGUACCCAUACGAACCAUCCGGCGAAUGCCUCCACCACCGAGAGAAAAUCAAGGAGUGGGGCGGCGUCACGACCAACCGCUGCUGUGGGAAUUCUCUCAACACACUCUCUCAAGCUCUAGCUCUCCAUGUCAACGGAACUGGCACUGGCCUUGGCCCUCUCUUCAUUGACAGUAACCAAUGGCUAGCUUGCGACUCUUCCGACCCCAACUACAACUCCAUAUCCAUCAAAUCAUGUGGCUUUGAACAUCUAUAUCUAGGCUCCAGUGCAUGCUCCAACCUCACAUUAUCAUAUUUAGUAAAAAACUUCAAUGAAAAUUAUCAAGCUCUCCUAAAGACCUGCUCUCAAUUCGAUACUCCUUCUUUCAAUGACACUUGUUCGAGGUGUGCGAAAGGGAUUGAGGACACGACCAAGAACCUUCUCAUGCAUCUAAACGUGGAGCACAACAGUAUUGAGAUGGAGAUAUGUCCAGUUGCGAUUGUCGUGGCGAUCGCCGUUUCUAAAAUUGGAAAUGCCACUUGGGUAAAUGACUUCUAUAGGUGUUUGCCUGCUUUGGAUCGACAAGAUACUCGCUACUUCAGGAUCAAGUAUGCCGUGGCCAAAGCUAUAUUAGCGAUAACGAUGGCGGCGGUAGGGUUGCUGCUAAUCAUCAUGCUAAUUAAGUACGUGACCAGGAAGAACAAGCCCACUAAACGCGCCCACGGGAAAGGAAUAAAUGCAUGGUCAGGGCUGUAUAGAUUCUCCCGGGUGGAGAUUGAAAAUGCGAUGAACUUCGGCAACCAGAGGGAGAGCUUGGGUGCAGGAAGCGCGGGCCGCGUCUACAAAGGCAUUCUUCCAAGUGGGCAGGUUGUGGCAAUCAAGCAAAUAUACAAGAGCAAAAACUCGGAUUCCUUCACGAGGGAAGUUGAUGGGCUGUCGAGGAUCCGCCAUCCAAAUCUGGUUUGCCUCUUCGGAUGCUGUGUUGACCGUGGAGAACAGUUCUUGGUCUAUGAGUACUGUGCAUAUGGAAAUCUAGCCCAGCAUCUACUACGGAAUGACAAUGUACUUUCAUGGGAUGAGAGAGUCAGGAUCUUGAGGGACUGUGCCCUUGCAUUAAGAUUUCUCCACGGUUAUCCUGACGGUUGCAUUGUCCAUAGAGACAUCAAGCUCACGAACAUUCUACUGACGGAGGACAUGACGCCGAAGCUAUCAGAUUUUGGGCUGGCAAAGAUUCUAGGGAUGCAGGAAAGCAAGGUAUUCACGGACGUGAGAGGGACCAUUGGAUAUAUGGACCCUGAGUACAUGAUCAACGCCAAGCUCACGAGCGCCAGCGACGUCUAUAGCUUCGGGAUCGUCGUGCUGCAGAUCCUAUCGGGUCGGCGGGUCAUCGAACUGGAUCUCGACGCACGUGAUCAUCUGACGAGGAAGGCAAAGGAUGUGUUCAUGAAAAGACGCCCGCUGUCGGAUUUUGUGGACCCACAACUUAAUGGACAGCUUAACAUGGAAGAUUUUGAAGCCAUCUUGAAAGUUGCUGUUCUUUGCGUCGCUAAAUCAAGCAAAGGGCGGCCGACGAUCAGCGUCGUGUUCGAUGAGCUUGACAAAGUUUGGAAAAAUUCAGUGGCCAACAUGACUGCAAGAGCAAGGAGCGAACUCAGUUCAUCAUCAUCCACACAUUAA